CGUGCAAGGGUUAAAACUUAAAACGAUUUCGUUGUCAAUAGAUGUUGCAAUUUGUAUGGUGCACUCUGAGAUCGCAGAACGUCAAAGGGAUCAAAUGCAUGUCUGCGAUCGACAAAUCAUUGAUUGUCCCGCUUGCAAAAAGAAAAUACAACAGGAUGGUCAAGUAUUUAAAUCAAUCAGAAGCUAUUAACAUUGACAAAGACCUAUUUGAGAAAUACAGAUUUAGCGUAGAUCAAUUGAUGGAGUUAGCCGGACAAAGCUGCGCUGUUGCAAUUGCAAGAUCUUACCCAUUGUUGCUGGAAGACUCCUCUAGUAGAGUACUGGUGUGCUGUGGACCUGGCAACAACGGUGGCGACGGCCUGGUUUGUGCGAGACACCUCAAGCUCUUUGGAUACUCACCAGAGAUCUAUUAUCCGAGGAGGACGAAUAACGAGCUGUAUCAAAGACUGUUGCAUCAAUGUAUCGAGAAUGGUGUUCCUAUACUAGAGAAUCAGUGUAUCGAGAAAGCAACUGACUCGACAGUUUUGCACAAAUACGCGAUUGUAGUGGAUGCUCUCCUGGGAUUUAGUUUCAGACCGCCAGUGAGAGAGCCGUUUGUCCAUAUUAUCGACAUGUUAAAAAGCACUACAAGCGUGCCUAUUUGCAGCGUGGAUAUACCGUCGGGUUGGGAUGUCGAGAGUGGCCCACCCAAGGACGGUGGCAUAAAACCGCAAAUGCUGAUCUCUCUAACGGCACCAAAAAUGUGUGCGUCAAAGUUUAAUGGGAAAUUUCAUUAUCUAGGUGGACGAUUUGUGCCUGAGAAAUUAGAAUCACAGUAUAACCUCAAUCUACCGAAAUAUACCAACACAGACUUUGUCGUUCGACUGCAAUGACAAACGUUUACAAAUCCAGUUCUGUGCAUCAGAAAAAUGCAUUUAAAUUUAUCAUAUGACAAACUGUCAUUACAUAUUCGAUGAAAGAAACAUUGAAACAUAUUUCUGAUCAAAUGUAAUUUAUAUUUCUCGUUGUUUUCUUAUUGUUUACG